GACACACCGUCAUUGGCACUUGCACUUCUUCUCAGCUGCUCCCCUCCCAGAACUGGACCAUCCUCAUCACCAACAAGGCUUUCUUUUGUAGAACAACUUGCGCUCGUACAGCAGCUCUGUUCUCCAGCAGUCGGCUUUGCUCAGCUACUUGGCACGUUUACCCCGACGUACCGCUUUUGAGCCCAGCAUGGCCGGUGCAAGUGGGAGCGCUCCUCCGCCCACUGCCAAUGGAGCUUCCUCGCGGUCAGCCGCCGCUUCGCCCAAGAAGGUAGCGCCGCAACCGCAAGCCAGGUCGAUAUCUGAUCAUGCAGCUAGCAGGAAUAGCAAUAGAAAGGAAAAGGCGAUAGCCAAAAAGGGCAAGCAGGCCGCGACUAGCGCAAUUGCUGCAGGGGUGGAUAGCAUUGGCAAAGCUGCUGGAAAGACGGCUGACUUGAGGUACACGCCCAUUGUGCAAGGUCGGGCUAGCUCGCUGCCUGUCGUGUUCACAAAGGACUCUGACUACUUCUGCGUAGCAUCCUCUUCUUCUGUCAAGAUCCACUCGCGGACCACAGGCGAAGUAGUCUCGACGCUCUCUUCGCUGGACCCCACAGAUACUCGUCGCAUCGAUGCUCGCAGUCUCGCACAUACCAACACCAUUACUGGUCUUAUGAUUCAUCCUCACAACCCACUGCAAAUGAUCACUGCUUCGCUGGACGGUACAAUCAAGGUGUGGGACUAUCUCGAUGCCAUCAUCCUCAAAAACAUUGAUGUUGGCUACCCUAUCACCCACCUUGCUGCCCAUCCCACCAUCAAGGAUUCGGUCUUUGUAGCAGUAUCGAAGCCCAAGCAUAACCCUAACUCCAGCACGAAGCCCGAUCCUUAUUCCUUCACCGGAAGGACCAACUCCAUCAUCUACUCUGUCUCCUUUGCAAACACUGGGAAGAGGUCAGCCGGAGGAGGGGUCAUUGCACGCAGACCACGAGAGCUGCUCAGGCUGGGAAAGACCAAGGAGGCUGCAGGACUGCAGGUCUCUCCCGAUGGUAAAUGGCUCGUGGCGAUUGGCAAUCGCAAAGUACAGAUUGCCUCCACUUCGGCACUGCGGGAAGGCUUCAUCAAGUUUGUCUCUGAUGAGCGCUUGGUCAGUCUCGCCUUUCAUCCCACGGAGCCCAGUUUCGCCACGGGAGACGCAGUGGGAAAGAUUAGGAUCUGGUACUGUCUGGAUGAGAAGUACAUUGCUCAGUCGCAACAAGCGGGAGCGGAAAAGCACGCGCCUAGCACCUUGCUCCACUGGCAUGCUCAUGCCGUUGAGAGCCUGGCAUAUACGCCCAAUGGAGCCUACCUUCUGUCGGGAGGUGAAGAGGCGGUACUGGUGCUGUGGCAGCUAAGCUCAAAGUCGAGGGAGUACGUACCAAGGCUGGGAGCCCCCAUCAAUAGCAUCGCUAUUGCCGAUGGAACCGAUGGCCGGGAGCAGGAGUUCGUUCUGGCAUUGGCAGACGGUAGCGUUACAUUCGUAGGGGCACUAAACUUGAAGGCGACCAGGUCCUUUGCUCGAGUCAAGAUUGAUUCCUCCCGUCACCUGUUGCCGGCAUCGAGGUUGUUCUCCAUCCCAUCUCCAUUGGCUGUCGAGCCCUGCACCGGUCAAGUCGUGAUGGCUUCUGGCCAUCCUUCCAGUCUACAAUUUUUUGACGUCGCAAGCGAUCGCAUUACCUCGGAGCUGGAAGUGGCUCCCUCAAACCGAGUGUCUCGCCCAGAUGACACGCCUCUCGAGCCGACUCGGAUCGAAAAAGUGGUCUUCUCGUCCCUCACUGUCAACGACGAAGGUUCAGGGCCGGCAGAGUGGAUGGCUACUCUCGAUUCAAGACGGGGUGGCGGACAUCUUGCCGGCGAUCUCGCUCUCAAGUUCUGGAGGUACAGCUUGUCUGCUGCGAGAUACGUCCUCAACACUCGCAUCGAUAAGCCACAUGCCGAGGGAGUGACCUCCAUGUCCUUCAGCCCGCUGAGUCGAUCGGAGGAUCCCGCAUCCCUGCUCUUGGUAACUACCGGUUUGGACAAGAAGGUCAAGACAUGGCGCAUCGCCUCCCAUGCGGCCAGAGGUGGACGAUUGGAGACCUACUGGGUCCCGCGCUCCGUCUUUGGCUACCGAGAGACAGUUCCCAUGAAGGCCACUUGGUCGCCGGACGGAUCACUGCUCGCUGUAGCACAAGGACCUUUCCUCACGCUUUGGGAGCCCAUCUCCAAUGCUCUCACAAUGGCGCUGAGCUGCCCCGAGCUCAAGACGGCCAAAGUGGCUGAGUUCGUGGGCCGGGCGGGACGCUAUAUGGUUCUGGCCAGCGGGAGGACAAUGGUGUUGUGGGAUCUUGUGCAGGGAAGCGUCAAGUGGCACAAGACCUUCGAUGAGGCCGUCGACAACAUUAUCGUCGUGGGCAAUGGAGCAGGCUGGGCAGCACUGAGAAGCCCAAGCAGCACCGCUGCAGAGGGAGGCAGAAGUCAGAAGUCAAGCACGCUUGUCGAAGUUUACACUCCCCUCUCCUCGGAGCCGGUCAGCACGCAUCGCUUGCCAUCGAUCGGGAUUCGAGAAGCUGCUGCUCUGACGACCAGGAGCCACCCGGGAGGAGAAGAUCUUUUCCCACGCUUCCUCGCUGUCACGGACACUUUCGAGGUUCUAGACAUCGGUACUCCCUCGCUUUCCGAAAGAGCUGUUGCCGGACCCUCUUCCUCCCAGACAGGCAGCACAGCCCAGUCCCUCCGCUCUGUGACAAUCAAGCGUCGCACUCUUUUCGACGAUCUCUUUGGCUCCACUGCCGAUGCGCUCCUCGAGGAACAACAGGAGCAACAGCGUAUGCAGGUCCAGGCACAGGCCACAGCGCAGCGCUCCAAGCCGGGCAAGGACAUCUUUGCGCUGUUCGAUGCACCGCCACAUUUGCUGCCGCCUGUGAAGCUGCUGUUCGACAGCUUUGUCCCAAUGGUCUUGCCCCCUCGCAGACGGCAGGACGAUGUGGGGGCAGCAAAGGUGGAAGAGGCAGGAUUGGUAGCUACAGCUGGCGGUGAGGACGAAGAUCAAGACAUGGCUGGAGCAGUGGCAGGGCCGGAUGUUGGAGCGGGAGCGAGUCUACCAGCCCCUCUGCAGGCUCGCACGACGGAGCAGGAUGAGGAAGAGAUGUCUUUCCUCACAGACCUCUUCUCUGAACAGCUCACCACUCGUCGCUCCGAAGCCACCAGCACCAAAAGCAAGGGCAGCACAGGUACAAGUGCUAGUCAGCAAAAGAAGAGUGCAGCAGUAAGCGCUGCCUCUGCUGCUUCGCCGGCCUCCACACCUAAGUCAAACGGGCACAAGGAAGUAAGCGGGACGCCGCACUCCGUCUCUUCUUCCACCCGAAAGGCGUCCCAGACCUCAACUGGCGGGGGAUCUCCUGCUUUGUCGGGCACACCUACACGGUCAGCGGCAGCAAAGAAGAGGAAGAGCUUGAGUUGAGAACUUGUAGUAGGUGUGAAGACGAGGGGUCUUCCACGCAUUGCUUGCUUGUUUGUCUAUUGUCUGUGCAACAUCUUCUCUCGUCGUCACCAUUGCUUUCUUUGAACUUGCACAAAUCCAUCAUCAGCAUUGCUAUCGCGUCUCUUCUGCUGGAACGUGCGCUGUAGCAAAGGCUGGUGAUCACGGUGUUUGAUUCGGGCUCGGGAAAGUGCUUGUCGAGCAAAGCAAAUGGCAGAAUACAU